CUAUAUUAACCAAAAGGAUUGAUUAAAAUUUCAAAGUGAUGGAAUGAAAUAACAAUAUCAGUUAACAAGACAAAAUUCCGAUUAGUUUAUACGUUACUGCUUUGUAAAUAGAACAUUUGCGAUAAUACUAUUAUACUAUUGUUUGAAAAAAAAAUUGUACGGCAUAUUGACUAAUUAUUCUUAUAUUAUAUAUUAUAUUAUAACUAUUCUUAUAGUUUAUAAAAUAUAAAAUAACAAUAAAAAAAUAUUUUUUUUUAAUAUAUUCUUGAAGAUAGAAUCAUUCUUAUUAUAAUUUAAUGAUAUUGACUACAUAUUUUAUAUAGUAUUCCGCCAGCUGAUCAAAGCAUUUAUUGUACAUAUAACUUGUUAACAUAACCUAAUACUUUAUGACAUUUCAGAAUGAUAUAUGUAUAACAAUUGAAAAUUUAAAAAUUGAAAGAAAAUAAAAAAAUAAGAUUUUUUUAUCUAUUUUGUGUUAAAAUAAAGAUUAAUUUGAAGAAAAAAGUUGUGAUUAUAAAAAAAACAAUAAAAAUGAUCUAAUAUAGCAGUCAAAAAUGAAUAUUUUUUACUAAAAUAAUAAUUGAAUUUUUUGAAGACACUUGUGUAACAUUAAGGUUACAAUCAUGUCUGGCAAAGGAAAACAAAGUUCUAAGAAAGCAGUUGUUAAAGUACGAGAAAGUGGGAAGACAGUGCAAGCUACUGCACUUAAUUCAGAUACGAGUUCAGAGAGUACAGAAACUGCAAUGUCUUUAUCAAUCUUAAAAAUUGCUGAUAAUAGCCGUCUUCUUCCAAGGUAUAGCAGCAUUCUACAACGUAAUGCUGAAGAAGGUGUAGGAAUGGAAGAUCUUGAUACAUUGCAGUUGGAAUUAGAAAUGCUUCUCUCUUCAGUAGUUGUGCGACAUCGUAUGCUUCAAGAAGAGAUAACCAAUUUAUCUUCAGCAGAGGAACGCAGAGAUAAAAGAUCUAAAAGUGGAAAGGGUCUUUCUCUUUUGGAUAAAAAAGUCAGAGAAGAAAAAUUCAAACCAAAAGGAUUUAGUACUAAAACACAAUCUCCUAUUCCAGCAAAACUAUUCAAACAGAAAGCUGUUAAUAGCUCAAACUCUCAAAUCAUUCCAAAUGUUCAUGAAAUUUCAAGAAUUGAAGGUUCUAAAUCUGAAUCACCAAAGUUGCUCUUACCAAAAAAUGAUACACCUAACAAAUUUUGGGCAUCUGUUGAUCCAUAUUGUACUGAUAUUAUGUCUGAUGAUAUUAAAUUGUUAGAAGAAUUAAUCUCCACACAUAAUGACAUAAGUGAUUUUAAGAAAAUUCCUCCAUUAGGUCGUCAUUACAGUUUAAUAUGGGCACAUAAUGAUUUAUUGCAAGAAGAAGAUGCAGCUAAUCCAAAUCGGGACAAGAAGAAAAAUCGUUCAGAUGUGUCUUUAUUAGUUGGAAAAAAUGAUAAAAAAGCUCAUAGUAUAGCAGGACCUCUAACUCAAAGAUUAGUCUCUGCUUUAUUAGAAGAAAAUGUAUAUGUUGCAAAUAACAAUACAGAUAAUAAACUCUUUAGAGAUAAUGAUCCUCCUGUUUUAAGAGAUCUUACUAUUCAGAAUUCUAUAAAUUUAGAAUUAAGAAUGCAUAAAGAAUUAGUUGAACAAGGAAUUUUAGAACCAGAUGCACAAAAAAAGAGUCAAGAAGACGAUGAAAUUUUGACUGAAAUAAAACGAUGUCAACAGGAGCUUACUGCACUUUCCAAUCAUAAUGUAACACAAUUAAAAAGACUAUUGAAUUUAGCUCAAGAGGAAAGUAAGCGGCAAGCAUUGAAAAGAAAAAUUAAUACAGCAGAUAAUGAAGUAAUAGAACACUACAAGAAACUUAUAUUAGCAAAACAAAGAGAAGUACCUUUAACAAAAAAAGAACAAGAAAAAGCAUGGUCAUGUCUUCGAGAGAGAGAAAAUCUUUUAGAUCAACUAAAUAUGCUACCACAUAAUAACAUAGGAGAACCUAUAGGUUUCACCACUACUGCAGACUAAAUACAAUUUUUUACUGUAUUAUAUAAUAUAGUGAUAAAAACUAUGUAUUAUAAAAA